GAGGCGGCCGGGCCCCGCGCGGGGAGGAUGCUGAGCCGCUUGCAGGAGCUGCGGAAGGAGGAGGAGACGCUGCUCCGGGUGAAGGCGGCGCUGCACGAUCAGCUCAACCGGCUCAAGGUGGAAGAGCUGGCCCUUCAAUCUAUGAUUAGCUCCAGAGAGAAGAAUGUAAUGGUCUCUCCACCAGGUAUCACAGAGGAGACUCAAAAAACCCUUGGGCAGAUGGACAAUGAGACUGCUAUCAAUCAAACUGAAUUACAGCUAAGUAUUCAAGACCAUGAAGAGGAAGAGGAGGAUGAAUCGGACUCCUGAAGGGGGGAAAAAUGGGAGACAACUGGUGUUAUUUAUCCUAGACUCAGGAAAUUCCCCUUUGUUCAAGCAAAACUUCCCAUCAGAUUCUACUUGGUGCUGUACACAGAUAUGAACUACAUAAAUGAAUGAAAAUUACUUUUGGAGGGUUCCAGUGAGGUUAGACUGGUGGCACAGAUGACACAAGCUUGUCAAACUCUUGUUUUGGAUGUUAAAAGAAUGAAAAGUUGUUGCACAAAUAUGUAGCAUGAUCCCUUUUACAUUUAAAGCCUAAAAUGUAGUUUACUACUUGUUUGUAUAUAGGUGGGAAAAGUUAAUGUAGUUAACUAAACUAAUUUAGUGCACUAAAAGCAAUAACUAUUCCAACUGUAAUUCCACAAAAGUGGAGAUUAGGAAAUUGCAGUGAUCUAGCUAAUGAAAAAUGAUGGCCUGUUCAGAAUUCAUGUAACGUUAUACUAAUAAGUUAGUGUUGCUCUUAGCAGCAGACAAAGCAUUUCCUCUCCUGAUGACUUGCAGAUACUAAAUCGCUGCAGCUGAUUCUUGUAUCAUUCCUUAAAUAGAUGUUAGAAGGCAUAGAAAACCAAACUUGUGUUAUGCUGCUAAAAAUAGAAAAUAAAAGUAAUAUCUUAACUGAGACACCCUUGUCAACCUCUCAUACUAAUACAAUGUUUAUACACUAGAUUUUAAAAAUCUGGUUUAUAAAAUGUGUGUAAAGCAUUCCAGUGUUGAUUAGGAUUAAGCUUUAAAGCUCCUGUUGAUGUCUCCCUUAGCAAUACUAGCCCUGCACAAGAACUUAGUAGAAAACCAAAUAAAUGCCAUUUUACUUAUUUAACAAAUGGGGAGGGGGAAGUUUGCAAUAUGUUCAGUGUUCUAGAUGUGGUUAUAAAACAUGAUCCAACUUCUAGACAGCUCCUGCCCGAUUGUAGGAAAAUAUUUGAGGAACGACUGUUGGCUCUUGGUUAAAGCUUAGCUAUGGUUUGUAGUUAUGGAAACUAACUUUUAGAAUGUAGGUAUAACAUCAUCUUCUGUUGCCUGGCUCUGAGUGUAAUUGAAGUUUCAAUCUUGUAUAGGAGAAUGAUUUGCAGGCUUUUCCCCAAACUCAUCAGAGCUGGGGGAGGCUAGCAGAAUGUUUCUGGGCCGGAUAUGUCCCAAGUUUAGGUUAGGAUGUCAAAAUAAACGGAUUGUUUUUGAAAAGUGUA